ACUCAAACGAGGGAAUUUUGGUUUUGGAAAUACUAUCGGGCUCUCAAACUGUAUGGAAAACUGCUCUCAGUACAGCCUGUGAAACUGAACUCUUGUAAGGAUAAGUUUUAACAGGUGCAAAACAAUCAUGGAGACAUUAGAAUCGAUGUUAAAAACAAUGCGGGAGUUUGUUAACUUUAUUGAUCAAAACAAGCAAAAUAUUUUCAGUGGCGUAGGUAUUUCACCUGUUGCCUAUAAGCCAGUGUCCGGUUGUUCGUUAUGCACAUCCAACUUGAAUUCUGUGCAGAAUGACUAUCUUACACAGAUUCUGACUCCACUGGUGUCUAAAUUGAAUGGUUGCUUAGACACUGUCAACUCAAGUCGAGAGACAUUUAAGGCACCACAACUCGUCCUUAAUUCUAUAAACACACAACAAACGAAGCCCGUUGAGUUGUUUUCCUGGUGUCCUGUAGAAGUACAGGUAGAUGGAGAUUGUUGUCUUGGAGGAAUAGAAAGGGGAUCAAAUGAAGUGUGUAAAUUUACAAUAACAAAACGUGUAUUGUCUGUCUCUGAGAAUGGUCAGACUGUUUAUACUGAAGGUGGUAAUGCUUAUCAGUUGCAUGGAGGAUUUUCUUGGUCCACGUUUUGUGCGGUUAACCCCAGUUUACCGUUAACUUCACCUCCUACGGGAAUAGUUAAUGCCUUCUCUAAUGGAUUUCCUGCAGGCAAUUGGAGAAGUUGGACUCAAGGAUUGUACUACUUCACAUCUACUAUUUUUGAUGGAUUAGAAGUGUCUGCAACUGUUGGACCCACAUUGAAACCUGUAAAUAUGAUAGAUUCUACUCCUGUUCAACAGUUAAAGGAUAAUCAUCCGUAUAAACAUAUCUUGUCUUCCUAUAAUGUGGAUUCGCACAUUGUAAAUACACUGUGUACUUUGGACAAAGAUUUACCAACCAAAAAUCAUGCUGUUAAAUUCAGUGAGUCAGAAAAUGUAAAAUCGAAACAUCAACCUAUUGCUAAUGAAUCUUCUGGUAUAGCCGGGGAUGAAAACAAUCUGUCGACUACAGCUGCUACUACUACUACUACUUCUGAUUUUUCUUAUAUUCCAUCAGUAUCUGAAGUCUGUGAAUUUAAAAAACCGUCGAAUAAUCUUAGAAAAAGGAAACCUAGUAAAAAAGUAAGAAUUGAACAAGAAGAACAAGAUGGUGAGGACGAGGAGGAGGAGGAGGAAGAGACAGGCGAAAUGGAUGAUGAGGAAGAAGAAGGAGACUGUGUUGUAAUGCAGAAAACCAAUCCUCAGCAUCAGCAUCAUCAUCAUCACCGUCGUCAUGAUCGUCAUCAUCAUGUAAAUAAAACUGCUAGACAAAGUGAAAGAGCCUUGUACAAGUCACUUCUACGUAGUGAUAUGAAUAACAAUAACAAUUGUCGUGGUGACAAUAAUAGUCACCGUAGAAAUAAUAAUAAUAAUAAUCCUAAUGCUGCUGCUAACAAAGAUUAUGAUAAUAAUAAUAAAGCCAAAAAUGGUGUUGUCUCACAAAAACACCGAAGGAAUCAAACGAAUGAUGAUGAUCCUAGUGAUAUUGAUGAACGCUAUCGAUUGUAUACAGCUUCAGGUAAAGUAGUCGACGUUAGACAGUUAGGUCGUACAAGAUCUGGUCGUUUAUCCUUACCAAAACUGGAUAAACGUUAUGAACAGAGUAUUGUUAUGAAUCAAGGACAUGUGCUGGGUGUUAAUCAUAAUGUAGAUGAUGAGACCAUAUUAUCAUGGUUAUCAUCAUCCGACAGUUCAUAGAACGGUACUUUAUUACUACUACUUCAUACAGACAUUGUCAUUCGAGCCUGCUGACUUUAUCUUAUAUUUACACAUACUAGAGAAGAUAUUUAAUAUUACUGUUAUUUUUGUACUUGUACAUACUAUGACAUAUUUGCAAUUAUAUAAGGUUUUGUUUUAAUAAAUGAAUUAUUUUUA